AUGAUGUUUAACCAUUGCGAGUUCGAAGACGACGAAGAGGUAUUUGAGGAAAAUCGGUUGCUAGGCGAAGGUAUGGUGGGCCUUGUCGAAGAAGUGACCGUCCGGUCCCGCGAGCCACCCAUUGUGUGUGUACGGAAGAAGAUCGCGAGGCCUAAACAGCUUAAAGCGCACCAACAGAUCAUGGCUGCUUUCAUCCGAGAAGUCAGAGUCAUGCGCCAAGUCAAUCAUCGCCAUUGUAUUCGCUUUCUUGGGAGUUAUACCGACAAUGAGUCCGUCAAUAUUCUCUCAACACCUGUGGCCGAUAUGGAUCUUGCUGCCUUCCUUGAUAACCAUAUCGGAGACCGGGAAUGGGCCAUACUCUACAAGGGCAUUGACUGUCUUUGCAACGGGCUAUUGUAUCUCCAUGACAACAAGAUACGACACGAAGAUUUGAAGCCGCAGAAUGUUCUCGUUCAUGGCACCAACAUAUUGCUUACCGAUUUUGGGUUCAGCUUGGACUUCUCCGAUGACUCUGUUUCGACAACCACUGGACGGCCAUCUGCAUGGACUAUUCGGUAUUCCGCGCCAGAAGUUUUGGAUUCUGAGCCUCGCAACCGAGCUAGCGACAUAUUCUCUCUUGGAUGUGUUCUGGUCGAGAUGAUUUCGGGACUUUACGGACGCACUCUCUCCGAAGUCAAGGACUAUUGGAAGAAAACUAGUAACGGACAAUCCAGUUUUGCACGCAACCCAGAGGCAACAUCAUCAUGGCUCGCACUACUGUCGGAUCAUCCUGACAGCGGCAGGCUCAAACCCAUUGUCGAUUACCUGCCAGAACUUCUGGCCACAAGACGCCUUGAUCGACCGUCGGCUCAAACAGUCGUCGAUAGACUGUGUAAGCUGUGCCUACCUUUUCCUGGCCUUCCGCAUCUUGUCAAUCCCUGUUGCGGACCACUGCCAGGGUGGAUAGACAAUAUUCAUCCUGAGCGCCUCAGAGGAAGUGGGUUGCCAAAAACGCGUGAUCCACAGUUUUGGUACGCCCUUCGAAGUAAUUUUGGUGCUGUCAAAGACAGAGAAAUGACCUACGUCAUACUUGACCAGCGUCUCAACCAAGUCGCUACCAAGCACAACUGUUACUCCUCGAUCUGGGAUGUUCUCCGCCCCAGCAGUAUUGCUUCAAUUAAGGCUGCAUGCGACAUGCUCUUCCUUCAAUCUAAGAAGACAAAGCCGAUACUAGAUCUCCCAAGUAACCAGACUGUUUUAUCGACAGAGCUCGACCUAAAACAUGUGCUGACGCAGGUACUGGAAGCAUAUACCUUGUGGAAGGCUAUAUUCACCGCGCGAAGUGUACAAAUUCCGACACCCGAGACGCAAUGGCUACCGAGAGGCUUACUCCCUUUCCAAUUAGAAGAACUUACAACUGUAACGCAUACGCGCACAAUACAGAUUUCAAUGGUUGACCACGGCCAUUGCCCCAAAGACGAUCGCUACUUUGGGUCCAUUUUCUACAUUUUGACAUUCAAGAUCUCGGUAGAAGGAUACGAGCCUUCGAAACUGGGUGCGCCUUUCGUGGACCUAAGUAUGGCAAUAUAG